GUUUGUCGUUUACCCAAGGACCCCUCUGCUCUUGCUCUUUUUUUUCAACACAUGCACUUUUGCGUUUUUGCUUUUCCGCGUUCUCCAAAAGCCGGAUGGGAUUCCCGCAUGCCUAGCGGAUGAAGGAUCAAGACUUGCCACAAGUCUCUGGAUGCCCAUGACCCUGGAUGGAUGAACAUUGCCGGAUACAAGCCACAGGAUGCAUAAACCCAAGGAUUUUGUCCCAGCCGUGGACUCGGAAGCCGAAGGAUUGCUGCUCUGCCUUCAAGGCGACAGCUGAGAACCCCUGUGAGGGGAGAUGGACUGUGGUCCUCACUCAUUGCAAUAUGGUUGGCAUGAGUCUUGGUCGAUGUGCGAGAUUGAUUGAUUUGAUGUUAACGGAGGAGCCUGUCAUUAGGGUGUUUUGUAUUUUCUUGUCAUUGUAUGUACGGCGUCGAAUGGCAUCUAGAAUAGGAUUGGGAAGGGAGGAGGUGACCAUUCAGAGAGGUCAGUCUUGUAUUGGCCAUCAUUGCCCGCUCUGCGGAAGUUGGUGGCCCCUCCUCCUUUUGUACUUUGUAUAUUUCAUAGAGGGGCGUUUGUUUAAUCUUCAUCCAAUCCACAUGAGUUGUAUGAACGAAAGCGUGUAUUGUGCUGUAUCCUAAUG